AUGACGCGACCUCAGAUCCUGUUUCUCGAUGCCUACGACUCUUUUACGAACAACAUCGUCUCCCUCUUGACGGAUUUGUUGGAGGCGGAUGUGCACGUUUUGCCGAUUGACACCCCGCUGCUGGACCACGACUCGCCAACGUUUGAAGAUGAUUUCCACCGGGAACUUUCACGCUAUCAUGCGGUAGUCUGCGGGCCUGGGCCGGGCUCUCCGGAAAAUGAGAAGGACGUCGGGCUCAUGAGAUGCGUUUGGAGGCUGCGGGAGGAGCACCUCUUGCCGGUGUUGGGAAUUUGUCUUGGGUUUCAGAGCUUGGUCCUGAGCGCUGGUGGGAAGGUGAGAAGACUGCGCCGGGGGUUGCAUGGCAUGGUUCGCGCCAUUGAGCGUGAGAUGCCACACUCAUCGUGCUGGGAAGACAUUUUCAAGGGUGUGCCCGAGUUUAAGGCGACGCUUUAUCACAGCCUUUGCGCCGACAUCGGACAGGACUCGGUUUCCGACGUGGACUGGAAGCACAAGCGAUGGGAGUCUCGUGAUGUACCUGAUCUGAUGCCCUUGUCUUGGGCCGUCGAGGAGCGAGAGGACGGGAAUGAGAGGAUUCUCAUGGGAGUCAAGCAUCGGAAAAAGCCUUUCUGGGGUCUGCAGUACCACCCGGAAUCCGUCUGCACCCAGCAAACAGGUCAUGCUGUUCUUCAGAACUGGUUUGUGCAUGCCAUGCAAUGGAACAAGAAGACGGGAAGAAGGAUCAAGACUGACGGAAAGUUUCUGGCGAGGAACUCUCUGAAGCCGAGUCUGCUUUCAGAGAUUCGGUCUGCAGCUCAGGGAGGACAUGCGCCCGUUCUGGCGUGGACGGAGAUGCCUACGUCUCUGGCGACUGUUGGACUCGACUGCGAGUACGUCUUCAAGACGAUGAAUCUUCCAGCGGGUAUCAAGGUGCCGGACAUUGUGGAGAUACUCAAAAGUGGCAGGGCGGAGCAUAUCAUCCUGGAUUCAGCCAACUCAAGUACGACGGCAACAGGGGCCAAGGACGUACGGGGCAGAUACAGCAUCAUUGCUCUGGACGUGGAGGAGGCACUGCGGAUUGAAUACCAUGUCGGGGAUGACUUUGCCACAGCUCGCGUGCCUUCGAGCCAGGGGCUCCCUAUCGAUCUGAUGGAGACCAUUCCGUUUGGCCCUAAGGAGAACAUUUGGCACUUGUUGUCCAGUUUCUUUGAGAAGAGACGCAUUCCUGCACCCCGCGCAGUCCAGAGGCCUUCCGACCCCCCACUGGAUGUCGAGACACCUUUCAGGGGUGGAUUCAUGGGCUAUCUUACCUACGAGAUGGGGCUGAAGGGCAUCGACGUACCCGUGGCCGCUGACCGAGGGCACCAGAGACCUGACCUCUGCUGGGCUUGGGUGACGAAGAGCAUCGUCGUGGAUCACGCCAAGGGGCUUCUUCACGUCCAGCACUUGCAGAAGCGCAAGCUCAACGCUGACUUCUGGAUCGACUCGGUGGUGGCGUCGCUGCAGACCUCGCACUUCUGGCAGCCUGGAAAGUCCGCUGUCAACGGCCACCACCUCGAUCCCAUGACCGUCGCGACACGGCCCAUCGUCCGCGUUCCUCACGCCAGCGAGUACGAGGCCAAGGUGCUGCAUUGCCAGGAGUACAUCGCGGCCGGUGAGUCAUACGAGCUGUGCCUUACAGACCAGACCACGAUCACGCUCCCAGGUCGUCCCACCACCGAGCCCUACACGAACCGCGUCAACGGCAACCACCACCCCAAGUCGGCGCACGUCACGCCGUGGAAGCUGUACAAGACCUUGCGUACCCGGCAACCCGCCCCGUUCGGGUCGUUCAUCCGCCUCGGCGGCGCCACUCUCAUCAGCAGCUCGCCGGAGCGAUUCCUCGAAUACGGCAGCGACGGGUCCAUCUCCAUGAGGCCGAUGAAGGGCACCGUCCGCAAGUCAAACGAGGUCGCGACGCUCUCUCAGGCAGAAGAGAUCUUGCACGUCCCCAAGGAGGAGGCGGAGAACCUCAUGAUUGUGGACCUCGUCUGCCAUGACCUCCACAGCAUCUGCGGAUCGAACGUGGCCGUGCCGCAUCUGAUGAAGGUCGAGGAAUACGCCACCGUCUUCCAGAUGGUUACCGUUGUCUGUGGGCAGCUGCAGCGCCUGGGUGCGAUCGAGGAGCAGCAUACCGGGCUUGAUGUGCUUGCCGCCAGUCUGCCUCCGGGCAGCAUGACUGGCGCGCCCAAGAAGCGAAGCUGUGAGCUGCUGCAGGAGAUCGAGGAGCACCGGGAGAGGAGCUUGUACUCGGGUGUGGUGGGGUACAUGGACGUCACCGGCAAGGGCGACUGGAGCGUGACGAUCCGGACCAUGUUCAAAUGGGACGACGAGGCUGCGGCGCCUGAGGAGGGCGAGACGGAGCCCAGAGAAGUGUGGCAUAUUGGUGCCGGUGGUGCCGUUACGAUUCUGAGCACGGCGGAGGGCGAGAGGGAGGAGAUGUUCACCAAGUUGGCGGGGCCCCUUGGGGUGUUUGCCGAAGCCUGA